AUGCUGUCCUCUCGAGCGGCCCCGAAGAAGGCUGUAAGCAGCAUCUCGCAGACCGCGGUGAGAGGGCUGGCCACCGUGCAGGAUGGUACCCCCAAGCGGACCUACGGGGGUCUCAAGGAUCAAGAUCGUAUUUUCCAGAAUCUCUACGGCCGAUUCCCCGCCGACCUCAAGAGCGCAAAGAAAAUGGGCGACUGGUACAAGACCAAGGAGAUCAUUUUGAAGGGCCACGAUUGGAUCAUAAACGAAGUCAAGACCUCGGGCUUGCGAGGACGCGGUGGUGCGGGCUUCCCGUCUGGCCUCAAAUGGUCUUUCAUGAACUUCAAGGAUUGGGACAAGGAUACGAAACCCCGAUACCUUGUCGUCAACGCCGACGAGGGUGAGCCUGGCACCUGCAAAGACCGCGAGAUCAUGCGCAAGGACCCCCACAAACUCAUCGAGGGCUGCCUGGUCGCUGGCCGAGCGAUGAAUGCGACCGCUGCCUACAUUUACAUUCGCGGCGAGUUUGUGUACGAAGCGGCCGUUUUGCAGAACGCCAUCAAUGAAGCCUACAAGGACGGCUUGGUAGGCAAGAAUGCCUGCGGGUCCGGCUACGAUUUUGACGUCUAUAUCCACCGCGGAGGCGGUGCGUACGUCUGCGGUGAAGAGACGUCCCUGAUUGAGUCUCUCGAGGGCAAGCCUGGCAAGCCGCGCCUCAAGCCCCCUUUCCCUGCCGCCGUUGGCCUUUUCGGAUGCCCGUCCACCGUUGCCAAUGUCGAAACCGUUGCCGUCGCCCCCACCAUCUGCCGACGAGGUGGCAGCUGGUUCGCUGGCUUCGGCCGCGAGCGAAACCAAGGCACCAAGCUCUUCUGCAUCUCCGGCCACGUCAACAACCCAUGCACUGUCGAGGAGGAGAUGUCAAUACCGUUGCGCGAGCUCAUCGAGAAGCACUGUGGCGGGGUUCGCGGCGGUUGGGACAAUCUGCUGGCCAUUAUCCCGGGAGGAUCAUCAACACCGAUCCUGCCCAAGAGCAUCUGCGACGACCAGCUCAUGGACUUUGAUGCUCUAAAGGACAGCCAGUCGGGUCUCGGUACCGCUGCCGUCAUCGUCAUGGACAAGAGCGCCGAUGUCGUCGGUGCCAUUUCUCGGCUUAGCCACUUCUACAGACAUGAGAGCUGCGGCCAAUGCACCCCCUGCCGCGAGGGCAGCAAGUGGACUGAGCAGAUCAUGGCUCGAUUUGAGAGAGGACAGGGACGUGAGAGAGAAAUCGACAUGCUUCAGGAGCUGACCAAGCAGGUUGAAGGCCACACUAUCUGCGCAUUGGGCGAAGCUUUUGCUUGGCCUAUCCAGGGCCUAAUCCGCCAUUUCCGACCCGAGCUGGAGGCGAGAAUGCAGAAGUUUGCCCAGGAGAACGGUGGCGAAGCCCUGGCUGGUGGCUGGAACGCCAACACAAGGUCACUAGGGAAGCUGGUGUCUCCCGGCCAGUAA